GGCCGGGGAUGGGCCCUGCCGGUCCUCGGUGGCGUGGGUCCUCGGUGGCGUGGGGCGUUCUGCCCGGGGCAGCGAGCCCGGCCCUGCCCGCUCAGGAGCACCCGCCGCCCGCUCCUGCCCGCUCACACCCGCUGCCCAACGGCGCACCGACCCGCCGGAGGGGUGGAGGGGUGCUUGGCCCACCCAUGGCGCCAGCAGCGGGGCUGGGGGGCCCUUCCCAGCCUGCUGCAACUGCCCCGCAGACAAGGCCGCGGGGGCUCCAGGGAAGGGGCCCUGGCCCGGGGCAGGGACGCCUUGAGCCACCGGGGAGGAUUAAGGACAGCCGAGUCCCAUGGGCGCCCGCUGUGCUGGGUGCCAGGCUGCUGGGAGGGGCGGGCCCUAGGGGUGGCCCACGUGUCAGCGCCCCCGCUGCCCCCUCCCUCUCUUCCUCCCUCUCCCCAGCGUCCCUUCUCCCCACCAUUUCUCCCUCUCCCCAUCCAUCCGUCCAUCUCUCCCCCCCUCACCCCCCCGCUGUCGGAGCGGCCCCUUUAAGCGCGGCGCUGACGUCAGAGGCGGGCACAGCUGGCGCUGGCGCUCGGCCCGCGGGCACAGCUGGCGGGGGGCGGGGCACAGCUGCGCCGCGGCCGCGCGCUGCCGGUGCCGCUGUCAGUGCCGCCGCCGGAUGGCUCCGCCCGGCGCCCUCCGGGACCUGGUGCUGGCCCUGGGAGCCGUCGCGGCCGCCCUCGGCUCCCUCCUCUUCAUCGCCUGGAAGAUCUACUUCCGUGGCACCGGCACCGGCACCGACUGGAGCGGCUGGUGGGAGCGGGAGCUGCAGGAGCUGCGGGACCGAUCUCCCCCCGGCGACGCGCUGGACUGGCGGCAGGUGCUGGUGCUGGGGCUGGAUGGGGCUGGCAAGAGCAGCGUCCUGCACUACAUCUGCAGCCAGACAGCCAGGGAGCGCAUCGCACCCACCCACGGCUUCAACUCUGCCCAGCUUUGUGUCGAGGGGCUGGAGAUGGACCUGCUGGAGGUGGGUGGCAGCCAGAACCUGAGGGCGUACUGGCCCCACUACCUGAGCCAGGCCCACGUGCUGGUGUUUGUGGUGGAUUCGGUGGACAGGUCACGCCUGCUGGUGGCACGCCAGGAGCUGCACGCACUGCUAGCUGCAGAGCCCCAGCUGCCCCUGGUUGUGCUGGCCAACAAGCAGGAUAAGAGCAAUGCCCUGAGCGCGGCAGAGCUGCAGGAGGAGCUGGCCCUGCACACACUCAGCGGCCAGCGGGAGUUCUUCCUCCUGCCCACCAGCGCGACCUGGGCCAGCCUGAGCACUGCCACCAGCGUCCUCCGCGUGAGAAGCCUGCUGAUCACCCUGCUCUCCCAGCCCUGAGCCUGCGUGGGAGGAGAUGGGCUCCCACCCCUGGCACUGCUCCUCUUCCAUGUCUGCAGUGCGAGGAUGGAGGCAGCUGGGUGGGAGCCCUGGAGCUCGGACUCGCUGGCAGCAGGCUGCUGGCCCUGGGGUGUUUGCUCCACCCCACAUGGUUUGGGGUUGAGCUGCAGCACGGCUGCCCUUGGGGAACACAAGCAGUUGGCUCUGCUCUCUGCUGCAGGGAGAGGGCAACCACCUCCUCCAGUCUGGGAAUGAAAUCUCCCUUGGGAUGGAAGCACGAGCACAGCUCUUACCUUCUGGUGAGUGGGAACGUGCAGCACAGGGCAGAGCCCCACAUCUUCAUGGCAGCCGUGCAGGAUAUUAAAUGAAUGGGGCUGAACAAGUGAGGCAGCCCUCUCACCCACUGGCAUAGAUGCGUCAUCCCAGGAGGUAGGCUCUCCUUCCUGACAAACAUGAGGAGUUACUGCUGGCACAGCCCUGCGCUGCUGCCCCACCAGAACGGCGCACACUGGCUGCAAUCACCAGCUGAGGCUGUCCCUCACCCUGCGGGGGUGAGCAUGGUUCUUAAUUCCCCCAACUCUGUAUUUAAAACCCCGUUUAGGAAAGAUGAAGGCAGGUUUUGGCCAGCCCUACACCCUGAACAGGGGUAAAGACAGACCAUUUGGUAGGAGCUGCUCUCAGCAGGCAUUUGUCCCCCUGCCUGGCCCUCCUCCCUCUCAGCUGCCCCAGGGAGAAGGGAAAGGAGCCAGGCUCAGGGACUACAGGAAGCCCUGCCUGCAGGCUGCUAGGUGAGGCUAAGGGCACUGGUUUCUGGAAAACCGAUCAUGGAAGCUUGGGAGUACAUCAGGGAAAGGGGGGCACUUGCUGGCCCGUCUCUGCUGUGAAACCUUUUGUACAGUAGCUCUUUCCUUUUGUCAAUAAAAGAGGCUGAUCACUC